AUGAGAGGCAUUGUAAUGAUUAGAGGUCAAGCAUACGUGCAGCUUCUGGAUGAAAUCAAUAUCAAAGAUCCAGAAGCGAUCCGCCGAGUUGUCAGGCAAGCCGUCACGCUUCCACCCAUUGAUGAAUUUACGAGACAAGGAAUCAAGAUAUGCGUAUCUGGGCCUGUCUCGAGCUUACUUGGUACUUCAACCUCGAACCUUACUUGGAUUGAGCAACAAGCCGCCAACGACAUCCAGAAGCUAUGGAAGCGUGGAGAAAGAUAUCAAGUUCAUAUGAAACGCUUAAUCCAGGAUUGUGAUGUGACAAGGGCAGAUUUUCUGGUUGCAAAAGGGGUAGAAAGUGCACGGAAGUAUUGUUUACGGACUCAGGAGGUAGAAAGGCAAAUCGGGAAAAAUCGAAGCCUUGUACAGUCUGACGCCAACGAGUACCAGGACCUUUCUGACAAGGAAAGUGGCCAAAGGAUACUCCAAACACAAAAAGAUGCAUAUAAACAAGAGGAAAAAAAUGUUAUGUGCGAUCACGGAGAAGAGAGGACUACUCCGAAUAAAAGACAAAAGAGAAAACAAAGCGUUGUUGAGCAGUCUCCUACAAGAAGUAUCUCAACUGAAUCGCAGGACUUUGAGAACCAGGAGAGUCAGGAGAAUCGGAAUGAAUCUACGCCUAUAAACAAGCCGAACACUCAUAGAAUCAACAAUAGUAAAAAGCAGGCUGUCAUUGAACCAGACAAGCGUAAUAACACCUCUAGAACUAGAAUGGUGAACAAUCUGAGAGAUCAUAACGCAGUUGGAGUUGCCAAAUCAAGAGAUGAAGCUCAAACGCAAAAAAGUCGUAAAACAAGAAAUUCUCUAAGGAGAAGUGAGAAUAACGGGGUUGCUUCAAACGAAACCGUUCCACCCCCCGAGCUUAGUCCUCUACAGACUAAUUCUAGUGAGGUUCAAAAUGUAAGGAAUGCUUUGGCGAAAGAAUUAGCUGAUUAUAAUAAGCGUGGGGGGAAGGAAAAAUCAGUACCUAUUGGUGAAAAAAGGCAGCGUCAACCUGUGAAGCAACAGCCAGAGCCGAUCUUCGAUAGCGAAGAUGAUACCUAUACUCCAAAAGCACGAACAACACCGUACAAAAGGAAGAUAGGUCGUGGAGGCGCAAGACGCGGGCCAGCCUGGGAGAAACUAAAGACCGAAAGAGAGAACGACGCGUGCUCUUCAAACCAUAAGAGUCAAGGUGAUCAGCUGGGCGCUGAGAGUAACCCAAUCGGAAUAGAAGACAGUUCAGAUAAUGAGACUGUAGUGCGUGGGAAACUAGACAACCAGGAAGAAGAUAUUGAGAUUGAGAUGGAAGACUUGCAAUAA